UAACAUGAUUUAUCGUGACUUAGUGAGUAGCAGAAAGUGAUCAUUCUAACCGCCAGUGUUAACUAUUCAAACAUGAAAUUGAGAAAGUACAUACUUCCAAGAUGUUUUGGGGACUUAAUCGCCUUUUUAUUUAUCAUUGGAAUUCUACCAUUUGGUUACUGGUUUGAAGUGUUCUUGGUAUUGCCAUCAAUGUAUCCUUUAACAUCAGUUUGGUACAUCAUGCAUUCUACAUUUGCAACUUUUCUCUUGAUAAACAUUACAAGCAAUUUUGUUUACAUGGUACUUAUGGACACAAGUAUUCAAGGAGAACUUAUGCCUUCUACUCCCAUUUCUCCAACUUGGAAAUUUUGUGCUGUAUGUGAAACGGUAACACCACCAAGAUCGUGGCAUUGUAGUAUUUGCAAUAUUUGUAUCCUGAAAAGAGAUCACCAUUGCCAAUUUGCAGGAUGUUGUGUCGGCCACCUAAAUCAACGAUAUUUCUUUUAUUUCUUGGCAUACUUAGCGAUAGGAACGGUUUAUGCACUCUAUUUUAAUACUUUUUUCUUGUUUCAGUAUACCAAAUUCAGUGCAUUAAGCUUUAUCAAGUUUACGUUCCCUUUAGCAAUAUUUCUUCUCGGAAUAGAUUAUUCAAUUGAACAUUGUUACACAUUAUUCUAUGUCAUAAAUUUGCUUGGUAUGCUGUCAGCUGUGUUCCUACUUUACUAUCAUGGAUCGUCGAUGACCAAAGGUCUGGUCAUGUAUGAAAACUCGCAUAAUAUUUUUGAUUAUGAUUCAGGAUCCCUGAAAGAAAAUAUAAAGCAAGUAUUUGGUGAUCGAUGGUACGUGACAUGGGUUUCACCAUUUAUUCAAUCAAAACUACCAAGUGAUGGUAUUAAUUGGGUAAGCAAGAAAAAAGAAAAAUGAAAGACAGUUAAAAUCAGUUUUCAACCACGAUUUAAAUGGUUUUAUAAGUCCUAACUAGGCAACUUUGGGAAUAUGCUGGUCUAAUGUUUAUACCAUUCAUCGCAUAAGCUAUAUAAAGGAUUUUGCAUAAUUUUUUAUCAGAACAACUUUGCCUACCUAGGCCUAUUGUGCCUCUCAGCAUCACCGUUGGGAGCCUUUCCUCGUCCCUCCCAAUUGACUCGAUCUUCUAUUUAAAUCAAAUUAUGGAAGUCUGGACUCUAGAAACUAGUAGCCUAUUACCUAGGUUAAAUUGAAUUUACCUACUUCUUUGAAGGGACCGCAACAACUUAUAAAAACUGUACUGGUGAUGGAAUGCCGAAAACAAAAAUUACAGUCAAUUUACCAAACCUGUUUAUUUAUAGCCACGUUUAUUUGUUUUUAUAUAUACUCUAAUUACAUAUAGGCCUACUACAAUAUACUAAAUAAGUUAGUUAAUGAUUCAAGGGAAUGGACAGAGAAAUAAGUAUAACCAGAAACUUGUUUGACCUGCUUCACAAUAGGAAAAGGGGAAGGGUCAUAAUUAAAGAAUCCAUGAGUGCACUACAUAUAAAACAAAAUUAGGUUUGUAUUGCCAUAUGUUUCUCUGAGGUACCCUGAAAAAGUCACCAAUUUUAUAAUAAACAAUUUAAUUUUCAAAUUUCAGUGUUACAGUUCACGUGAAAUAUUUUUGGUACGCCUUAAAAGUUUCUUUUAGUUAUUAUUUUCUGAAUCAACCAUAAUUCGCACAAAUCUGUAAUAAAUGCUGUCAAUUUGACUUAAUUCCCUCCUUUCCAUCGCAACAAGCCAUUUUCUGUUUUCAUUUUUUUUUUCAAUAACAACCACAAUAUUGAGCAGCACUAUGUUUUGCAUAAGAAACCCCUAAUAACAUGUAUAGAAUUCACUAGCCUAAUCUACAAUUUCAAUAAAUAUCUGUAAAUCAAAUCACACAAGCUAACAUAAUUCAUUACCACUGUAGCCUAUAUUAAGCUAUUGAUUACACAAAAUCCAUCCAUGCUGUCCUGAAAACAUAGCAGCUCUUGAUAUGACAGUUUCAUCCAGACCCAGUUUUGUUAUUGACCUUACCACCCCUAUAUGUAACAAAAAAUUGUAUCAUAAGAAUAUUUUGCAUCCAGUUUCCCCUCCUGUUUUUUGUUCACCUAUGUUACAAUGAAACCUGUUAUGCAUAAACAUUUUAGUUCCAAAGUAUUUGGCAAAUAUAAGCAGUCACAAUAUCACUCCCAACAACUAUAACUUUCCUAGUUAUCAGUUGCUGUAACUGUAUUGCUUCUACCAUGCAACGGAAAUAAUCUUCUCAUAGAUAACUUUUAUUUUUUUCCUACAGUCACCCGACAAAGUUGGCUUCCUUGUACUGUUUAUAGUACAGAAAGCUGCUAAUUGCUGCAUAUUUAUACUUUGCCGUACGGUUUAUACUUUGCCGCACAUCAGGAUUCCAACGAAACAACACAAAACAGCGUGGUUCUAUUAUGCACGUAAUCCGUGUACGCUUGGAAAUAGGUUGGCAACACUUAAAGAUAAUAAUACUAUGAGCAGCUGAUUGACUAUUAUAACUACGA